AUGUUGGAACAGAACAAGCAGUACAUCCAGGAACCACCCACUGUGCAUAAAUGCAACAUGUUGCCCAAGCAGUUGCUUUACACUCGUCUUGCUAGCAUUCCUGGUCGGUGUGAGUCAUUUUGGAAGGAAGUUGAUUACGCGAAGCAUGUGUGGAAGAACAGACAGGAACUGAAGGUUAAGGAUGCUGGCAUUGCUGCUUUGUUUGGGCCAAAGUGCUUUGCAUGGUAUUGUGCUGCAACGGAGGUUGCCCCCAAUCGAACCACAAUACUUGCGUGUAUAGUCAUUUUCAUGGUCAUCACAACUAUACUUCUAUUCUCAAUGUCAAAGUCAACAAUGUCUCCUGGGAAAGAAGGCAAAAGCCGCAAAACCCAAAAAGAAGAGGAAGACCGAGGUGAUGAACCAAUAAUGGAGUGCUUCGUGAGGCUCUUCUUCGGUCAUCCACAUUCCACCAUUGCCUAA